UGCCGCGGCCGCCGGAGCCGCGCCGCCGCCCUCCUCCUUCCCUCCCCUAUGGAAGAGAUGGAAGAGGAGCUGAAAUGCCCGGUGUGCGGCUCCUUUUACCGGGAGCCCAUCAUCCUGCCCUGCUCGCACAACCUGUGCCAGGCGUGCGCCCGCAACAUCCUGGUGCAGACGCCAGACUCGGAGUCUCCGCAGAGCCGCCGCGCCUCGGGCUCGGCCGUCUCCGACUAUGACUACCUGGACCUGGACAAGAUGAGCCUGUACAGCGAGGCGGACAGCGGCUACGGCUCCUACGGGGGCUUCGCCAGCGCUCCCACCACGCCGUGCCAGAAGUCCCCGAACGGGGUUCGCGUGUUCCCGCCGGCCGCGCCGCCUCCUCCCGCCGCGCUGGCGCCGCCGCCGCCGCCGCGCAACGCGUGCCUGACCUGCCCGCAGUGCCACCGCAGCCUGGUGCUGGACGAGCGCGGGCUGCGGGGCUUCCCCCGCAACCGCCUGCUCGAGGGCGUCAUCGACCGCUACCAGCAGGGCAGGGCGGCGGCCCUGCGGUGCCAGCUCUGCGAGAAGGCGCCCAAGGAGGCGGCCGUGAUGUGCGAGCAGUGCGACGUGUUCUACUGCGACCCGUGCCGCCUGCGGUGCCACCCGCCGCGGGGACCGCUGGCCAAGCACCGCCUGGUGCCGCCGGCCCAGGGCCGCGUCAGCCGCCGGCUCAGCCCCCGCAAGAUCUCCACCUGCACCGACCACGAGCUGGAGAACCACAGCAUGUACUGCGUGCAGUGCAAGAGCCCCGUCUGCUACCAGUGCCUGGAGGAGGGCAAGCACUCCAGCCACGAGGUCAAGGCGCUGGGAGCCAUGUGGAAGCUCCACAAGAGCCAGCUCUCCCAGGCCCUGAAUGGAUUGUCAGACAGAGCCAAGGAGGCAAAGGAAUUCCUGGUCCAGCUCCGCAACAUGGUGCAGCAAAUCCAGGAGAACAGCGUGGAGUUCGAGGCCUGCCUGGUGGCCCAGUGUGACGCCCUCAUCGACGCCCUCAACAGAAGGAAAGCCCAGCUGCUGUCCCGGGUCAACAAGGAGCAUGAGCACAAGCUGAAGGUGGUGCGGGACCAGAUCUCGCACUGCACGGUGAAGCUGCGCCAGACCACGGGGCUGAUGGAAUAUUGCCUGGAGGUCAUCAAGGAGAACGACCCCAGCGGCUUCCUGCAGAUCUCAGAUGCUCUCAUCAGGAGGGUGCACAUGACCGAGGAUCAGUGGGGGAAGGGGACGCUCACGCCCCGCAUGACCACGGACUUCGACCUGAACCUGGACAAUGCCCCUCUGCUACAGUCCAUCCACCAGCUGGACUUCGUGCAGAUGAAAGUCUCGUCCCCAGUGCCGGCCCCGCCGAUCCUGCAGCUGGAGGAGUGCUGCACCCACAACAACAGCGCCACGCUGUCCUGGAAGCAGCCCCCUCUGUCCACGGUGCAGGUGGAGGGAUACAUCCUGGAGCUGGACGAUGGCAACGGCGGCCAGUUCAGGGAGGUGUAUGUGGGCAAGGAGACCAUGUGCACAGUGGAUGGGCUGCACUUCAACAGCACCUACAGCGCCCGGGUCAAGGCCUUCAACAAGUCAGGAGUGAGCCCCUACAGCAAGACCCUGGUGCUGCAGACCUCCGAGGACACGCAGUCAGAAGAGCAGACCCUCCCUUUUCCAGUGCCUUUGGAAAGAUCGCAGCUUCGUAGAAUGAGUCCUUUCUCCUCCACCCUUAAUCUGCAACCCAGCUUCUCGGGGAGAUCCUACUUUGAGCUAAGAUCUUCGGCCCACCAGCUGAGCUUGCAUUCUUCCUUACAGUCCCUGAAUUCAGCCGGAUGCAAUUUUGACACACAAGGAUCGCCUUACUCCCAAUUAGUUGACAUUAAAAAAAUGGUGGCAGUUGCUUGGUUUUCUUUCGACCCCUCCUCUGCCCACGCUGACAUCAUCUUUUCCAAUGACAACCUGACUGUCACCUGCAACAGCUACGAUGACAGGGUGGUGCUGGGGAAAACGGGCUUUUCCAAAGGGCUCCACUACUGGGAGCUGUCGAUCGACCGCUACGACAACCACCCCGACCCGGCCUUCGGCGUGGCUCGCAUCGACGUCCUCAAGGAUGCCAUGCUGGGCAAGGACGACAAGGCCUGGGCCAUGUACGUGGACAACAACCGCAGCUGGUUCAUGCACAACAACUCCCACACCAACAGAACCGAGGGCGGGAUCACGAAAGGCGCCACGGUGGGAGUGCUGCUGGAUUUGACCAGGAGGACUCUGACCUUCUCCAUCAACGAGGACCAGCAAGGGCCUGUGGCCUUCGAGAACCUGGAGGGCCUCUUCUUCCCCGCCGUCAGCCUCAACAGGAACGUGCAGGUGACGCUGCACACCGGUCUGCCGGUGCCCGAGUUCUACGCUUCGCGCUCGGCCAUGCCCUGAGGAUGC